UCAACAAGUCCCAUUCCUGUAGCCACCAUCUCAACACCUGAUUUCUGUUUAUUACAAAUCAUUAGCCACUGCCACUACAAGAUUUCUGGUGUUCAGAGGCACCAGCAUGGCUUCCGUGGUGAUCUCGCGUAGACUCCCUCUUAAGUCACUAAAACCCUCUCCUCCAUCUAUUUCCUCCCUUUUCAUCUCCCAUAGACCCCAAAACCACACCCUUGAUUCUAAGUCCACUCUUCCUCAACGACCCUUAAACCCUAAUCUCAAUCUCUCUAAUUACUUGUCAAGCUAUCCUGCUGGUUCCUCCAUUCUUGAACACCAAUCAGAUCCAAAACCCACAAAUCUUACUCUCAAUUUUAUUAGAUCACACUCAUAUUCAGGUACUAAAACCAAAGAUCAUGACUUUAUUCGGUCAACAAUGAAAAACCCUAGAAUUUUCUCUGCACAUAGUAUUGGACAAGCCCAAAGUUCAGUUCAAAACCCUGGUUUCAAGCAAAAGGUUUCUAUUUUUGCAAAACCCAUGAAUUCAAGUUUGGAUUUUAAGUUAAAAAAUCCUAGAUAUAUUGGGUUAUUGAACCCAAAGCACAGAUAUUUUUCAAGUUCAGGUUCAUCAUCAGAUUCUGAUGAACCCCAAGACCAAAGUGAGUAUCCAAGCCAAAACCCUGAUUUAAAACACCAAGAAAUUGAGGGUCUAACUGUAGAAAGAGACCUCUCAGCUUUAGCCAAUGAGACCAGAGAGGUUUUAGAAAGGACGAUGAAGAACAUAUAUGGUUUGAGCAGAGCUGUUGCUGUUCUGGGUCUGGUUCAACUUGGACUUGGAGCUUGGAUUUCUUAUGUUACUAAAGCGACACCAAUGACUGAGGUGUCAAUUCAAAGUUUUGUGGCAUUCGGAUUUCCUUUUACGUUGGCAUUUAAGUUGAGGCAAACAUUGAAGCCAAUGCUCUUCUUCAGAAAGAUGGAGGAGCUAGGAUGGAAAUUUCUUAUAACAUCAUUCAAAGAACAAACCGGCCAUGCAUUCACUAAAACACAACUGGAAAAAAAAUGGGAUGGAUGCAAAAAGGAUUGGAGCAUAUGGACAAAGUUGAUUUCUGAAACUGAUGUGGGCUGGAGUAGUGAAUUAGGAACAAAUUUAGCUAGCGAUGAGUGGUGGAAAGCAAAAAUUCAGGAAAUUAAAGGAGCCAAAAAAUUUAGACAUGUUGGUAUUGAACCAUCUUUGAAGAUUAAAUUUGACAUAAUGUAUUCCAGCAUUGCUGCUAUUGAAGAAUAUGUGUGGGCUCCAUCAUCAGGAGUACUUGGUGGAAAUGAUAUAAUCCAUUCAUUAACAAGGUCAACAUUGAUGGUACUGAUAUGGAAGAAAGAAGCGAUGAUUCAGAGGAGGAUGAGAUUUGAAAUUUAGAGAAUGACAUGUCUCGAAUGGUUGGCAGGGUGAAUAUGUCGAGCAGCAACAACAUAAAAAGUAGUGGUAAAAGAAAAGAAAGAGAUCUCUCUAAGGUUCGAGGUAGAAAGAAGAAGACAUCUGGAAUUGGUGUUCAACUGCUGUCACGGUGGAAUCAACUACUUGAGAGUAUGUCGACUAGAAGUAAUUUCACUUCUUUACAUAUGGAUCGGCAAGACUGUAGUAUUCCCGAGGUGAUGGCUGAGCUCUAAUCAAUUCCUGGAGUUUCAAUUGAUGAUGAUUUUCAUGACUUUGCUACGAAGUAUCUGAGUUUAAGAAGGAAAAGAGAAAUGUGGUUUAGUAUGGGUGGUCUUGAAGAGAAGUUGAAAUGGUUGAAGCGAAUGUAUGCACGAAGUAAACGUGCUUAGCUAAUAUGAUAUGAUUUUAUUUUCUAAAGUGUUAACUUAAUAACUAUGUUAAAGUGCUAGCUAAAUUUAAUGUGUUAUAUUAUUUGACA